GUCCGUCUCAGGUGGAGCUGCUGCUCUCACUCAGUCACUCUGAGGUGUCAUCACAGGAGGAUCAUGAAGGUAGCCUGAAGGAAAAUAUCUGAUGUGUUUCAUGCCAAACUGGUAUGUAGGAUAUAUGAUUGAUGGUCUCUGUGUGAAGCAAGAGGAGUGAUGGCAGAGUUUUGGCUGAUUUCUGUCCCACUGGACAAGACCAGUUUAGCCAGCAUGGAGAAACUAAAGCGGACCAUAAUUAAAACCCACCUGGCCUCAUUCUGGAAGUUCUUCAUCCCGGAUCUAAAGGUGGGGAUUCUAGACAGUCUGGUUCAAGUGUCAGAUGAGCUGUCAAAACUGGACGCGCUGACUGAGAGUGUGAUUAAAAAAACCUGCCAGAGUCUGAAGGAAGUGAUGGAGGCGUCUGGAGACAAAGUUCAGGAGUACGCCAUCGUCAACGGAGGCCACAGAUGGGAUCAGAGAAGCGCCGUUCCAUCAGCACUACAGGCUUAUCUCGCAUCUCUAAGAGUGGACCUGAUGAGGUACGUCACCAAGUUUCAGUGGGACAAAGCCAAGUAUCCUACGGCUCUGCCUCUCUGCACCCUGGCAGAUCUCAUCAACAAGGAAAUAUCACAGGUGGAAACAGAGCUAAGAUCAAGAGCGACAGCCUACAGCAGCCUGGCAGCUUCUUUACAAAGCCUUGAACGUAAUCUAAACGGUAAUUUGCAAACACAAAGUCUGAGUGGUAUCAUAAGGAAAGAGGACCUGGUGGUCUCUGAGUAUCUAACAACUAUUUUAGUGGUUGUAAGCAGAGAAAAAUAUCUGCAGUGGGAGAGAAGCUAUGAAUUCUUCUCAGAGUUUGUGGUCCCUCGGUCGAGCAGGAAGAUUUUUGAGGACAGAGACGGGGGAAUCUUCUUGGUGACUCUCUUCAAGCGAGCUGUGAACGAAUUCAAAGCUAAAGCUCAGGAGAGCAAGUUCAUUGUGCGGGAGUACAGCUUUGAUGUGGAGGAGAGGAAGCAGCAGGAGAUCACGAAGCUCACCCUUCAGAAAAAGGAGCAGUAUGGGAUCUUUGUGCGUUGGCUGAAGGUGAAUUUCACUCAGGUGUUCGUUGCCUGGAUACAUUUAAAAGCAUUAAGAGUUUUUGUGGAAUCAGUUCUCAGGUAUGGACUACCUGUGAACUAUCAGGCUUUUCUUCUGGAGACAGACAGGAAGCACUCAAAGAAGCUGAAGGAGGAACUUUCUACUCUGUUUGGACACUUGGACCCGACUGCCAGCAUGAAGGAGGUGAAGUGUGACAUCCCAGGGCUCUGUCAGCAGGAGUACUCCUCCUACAUCUGCUUCCAUAUCAGCACCAUCAUGCUGGAGAGCGGCGAGCAGACAGCAUCGUGACCAACUGACAGAAAGCACCUCAACAACCUCAGCAGUCAGGACCAAAAACAAACCAACAGUACUAUAAAAAGUAACCUGUGACAGAUGGACAUACUGCAUAUGCAAUGACCUGUGUACAUAAACCUCAACUUCUGGGAGGUAAAGUCAUGUUAAUAUUCUCUUCAGUUGAGGAUUGUUUAUCCUACUAUCAUGAAUGCUUAUCUUUGUAAAUAUGUGAAAGUUUUCUAGGAAUCCAAAGCUCCCAUCUGGCACCUCUGGUAAAGCUUAGAAUAAAAUUCAGCUUUUUAUGGUAAUGCAUAAACUCACCAGAAGAAACUUUAAUUUGAGCAUAAAUUUGUCCAUAAAUCUGAAAAAUCCCAAAUUAAAAAGUAAUAAUAUUUAGUAAGACUGUCUUACUAGUAGCAAAGCAUUACAACACUCCUUUAUAUUUAACAGCAGAAAUAAGAUCCUUCCGUCACAUUCAAUCUUUGCUUGAAACUGAACUCAACUGAAGUGUUUAAUGCCGGAAAGCUCAUCUUUAGUGUCAGCUGACCAAAGCCACAGUUUCAGUUAGAAAGCCCGGUGCAAUAAACCCAAUGCCUACACGUUUGUGAUGGUAGGAUAGGAAAUGUCGGUUCUUGCAUCUCUACCAAAACACUGGUUAAUGUAAUGUCCAAGAUUCAGCUCUCUGGCAGUGAGCUUUAAAGCCCAUAAUGGUUCGUUUCAUUUCCUCUUCCUCAAUGCACACUGUAGAACGAUA